UUUGCAGAGGAGACUAAGUCAACAUUUUGGGAAAACCUCUUGGGGUCACACAGCACCGAAGUGGCUUCGAGCCCCAUUCUCGGAUGCAACCCCUAACCUGGAUCGCUUCUUUCCAGACCAGCCCUUGCUCUUUCCUUUCCGGUGCUAGGUAGUACUGAGGAACUGGUCAUAGGCUCAAAGAGCUGCCUUGCUAAAAACAAGCAUAGAGCUGCCUGGCACCUGUGCCAGGCAAGUCAGCCAAAGACAUUACAGACCAGGAAGUACUUGCGCAGGCGCAGGAGCGCGAGUAGGCGGGGCUCCAACAAGCUCCGCCUAGCGGUCACGUGCUUCCUCUCCCGCCGAAGACUGAGCGGCGCUCGCGGGAAGCCACUGCCCCCGGGGGUUUUCUAGGGUCCCGCCGGGCUAAUGUCCUGCUGGGAGAGGCUGGUCCCGCGUCCCUGGAUUCGAGAGCUGAUCCUGGGCCCAGAAACACUGUCAAGUCCACGAACCGGGCAGCUACUCAAGGUGCUCCAGGACUCAGAGACUCCGGGCCCUUCUUCUGCCCCUGACACACCUGACUCCGGGGCCGUGUUGCUCGUGUCAGACGGAACCCACAGUGUCCGAUGCCUGGUGACGCGCAAUGCCAUCGACACUUCCGAAUGGGUGGAGAAGGAGUUCGGAUUCCGUGGGACAGAGGGCCGGAUCCUGCUGCUGCUGGCCUGCGGAGUCCGCAUUGAGGUUCCUCAGGACCAUACGCCUGCCGAGUUCUACCUCCAGGUGGACCGCUUUAACCUGCUGCCCGCGGAGCAGCCCCGGCUACAGGUGACUAGUUGCAACCAGGAUUUGGAGGUGCAGAGAAAGCUCAAUGAAUGUCUUGCGGACCACCUUUCAGAGUCUGCGUCUUCCAGUGCAGGCAUCACAUUGUCUCAGCUUCUGGAUGAGGUGAAGGAAGACCAGAAUCACCGGGGAGCACUCGUGCGUCUAGCUGAGAGCUGCCUGACGCUAGCAGGCCCCUGCCCAGCCACCCCCCUCACCCGCUGGAAGGCCUGCUUCCAGCCCACGGAAGAAGCCGUGUUCACCGUCUCUAGCUUAUUGCUGCACAUCUCUGAGAAGGACGAGCAGACUCUGCGUUCUCUUGGCUCAAGUCAGAAGGCACAGGCAUCCCCGGCUUCGCUCAGGCACACGCAACCAGAGGAAAGCGAUGCCAGUGUCAGCCUUCUGUCAGCCGUGGCUGCAUCAGCUCCUGGGCAGGACCACAGCUCCCGGCCCCCACAUGCCGUUUGCUCAUCCUCUCUAAGACCUCAGGCUCCCAGGUCCACACCCCGCAGUUCUACACCCAGCCCCCCACUCCUGACCCGUAGCCCCAGUCCAGCCCAGGCCCAUAGCCCGGUGAUCGCAGAGCGCCAGUGGCCUAGCAAGAAACGGCAGCUUUUCCCUAGAACCAGAGCGAAGGAAGCCCAUGAACCCUGCUCUGUCUGGGAACCCCCAAAGAGGCAUCCUGAUGCUUCUGCUUUUCAGUAUAAAUAUGAGACCCCCUCUGCUUCCCUCCGUGCGCAAGUCCAGGCUGCCAGACUCCCUCCUCAGCUUGUAGCUUGGGCCUUGAACUUGGUGAUGGAGUCGGAGUCAGAGCCCAAGUUAACGCAGGUAUGAGGAGUCACCUGGACGCAGCAGAGGAUGUGUACACACAGGUCUACGGACAAACAGUAUUCCAUACCCUGUUUCAUUCAAGUUUUUUAAUAAAAUAAUUUCAUGCGGCAGGAAA